AUGUUCAAGAACCGGAUCCGCAUGUUUUUCAACGAGCUGAAGCUCCUGGUGUUCAUGCGGUCCGGUCCUCGGCAGCCCGGCGCAGAUACAAGCACAGGCAGCAUGAGAGGCCUGGGUGCGAUGGGCGGCUGCGGCUGGCGAGCUUUCUCCCACUGCUCCGGACACACAGACCCGGACGCCGAGGAAUACUACGGCAGCGAGGCGGGGGCCAGGCGGAGCACGGCCGCGGCUCUGGAGGAACGAGAUGUGCGGCUACAGGCGGCGGACACGAUUUCGCUCAGCAGCGGGUCCCGCACCCCCCAGUGUCGCAUCUGCUUCCAGGGACCCGAGCAGGGGGAACUGUUGAGUCCGUGCCGCUGUGAUGGGUCAGUACGCUGUACCCAUCAGCCCUGUCUCAUCCGCUGGAUCAGUGAGAGAGGCUCCUGGAGCUGUGAGCUGUGCUACUUCAAGUAUCAAGUGCUGGCCAUUAGCACCAAGAACCCACUGCAGUGGCAGGCUAUCUCCCUGACUGUGAUUGAGAAGGUACAGAUAGCUGCAAUCAUCCUCGGCUCGCUCUUUCUUAUUGCUAGCAUCUCUUGGCUGGUUUGGUCUUCUCUCAGCCCAUCUGCCAAGUGGCAGCGACAGGACCUGCUCUUCCAGAUCUGCUAUGGGAUGUAUGGCUUCAUGGACAUCGUUUGCAUAGGCCUCAUCAUCCACGAGGGUUCAUCUGUCUACCGGAUCUUUAAGCGCUGGCAGGCUGUCAAUCAGCAGUGGAAAGUAUUGAACUAUGAAAAGGCCAAGGACUUAGGGGAGCCGAUUAGCUCGAGCAGUAAGUGUGCCGCCCGUGGUUCACGCUCCAACCCACAUGGCCUGGGCAGCAGUGGCAGCAGGAGGACCCAGCGUGUGCGGAGGCUCAGGACUAUCCUCAACCACCACUGCGGCUACACCAUCCUGCACAUCCUGAGUCAGAUCAGACCCAGCGACACGCGCCUCGCCUCGGCUUCAAACCGCGAGGUCGUCAUGAGGGUCACAACUGUAUGAGGCCGGUGGUGCACCCUUUGAGAUUGGCUGGAUUAUACGGAGAGACUUGGUGACGUUUCCUCAUGCAGGAGCAAAGACUUCAGAGCAGCUCGACUCCUCAGCUAACGUCUCGCUCAUGUUUCACGAGCAGAGCAAAACACAUUCUGUCAAAAAUGAGAAUGCUGAAAAUAAGAAAACACUGGAAUUACAUGGUUCAUAAAGGAGAAAAAGACCGAGACCUGUCCUCUCGUGAUCUGGCACACAACCACAUUUUUAUUUCAUCCCCUCUCUGGUGUCGUUUUAUACCGCUAUGGUUUGUACUAUGUUUCGUUUUCUAAGGAAGUGUGGUUUUGUGAAUGGACACUGCUGCACUUCAUACAUGGCUUAGAAAGGACAGAAUGAUAUUUACAGAUGUGUUAAAGAAACCUGAAUUACACCAAACAGUGACAAAGGCACACCAACCAGUGAGCAAAGAAUUCUUUAUAAUACACCAAUAAAUCCAUUUAAUGAGAAUAUUACUAAGGGUAAUAAGGUUCGGGUGCAAUAAGAUUUAAAAAAGGAUUAUCCAGAGUGUUAGCAUAAUAUUUAAAGCAUUGGAUCUUCUCUGCAAUAAAGAAACCUGUACAUGUUGCAGUGAACUUUGCAUGAGGGUAAAAGUUUUGUGCCUCCUCGAUGUGAGGAUAUGAUGACUUUGUUUUAUUCUGAAUGGUGCUUGUUUUAAUAAACACAACUAUUCAUCA